CUCCUCUGAGUCCCAGAGUUUCUAGAUUGAAUGGUACUCCUGUUCAGCUCAAACAUUGGCCCUGCGAUGGCACCUUAGAACGAGAUAUAUUCACGCACCAGGAACUGGGAAAGAUCCAUCAGCAGGAGCCCUGGGAAGUUUAAAAGGAUAAUGCACUUAUAACCUCCGACAUCAGAAAACUGAAAAUGCCAGCCCACAAAGAUAUGCUGGUGUUUGCAGCUCUCUUUUCUCUUUUGGGACUGGUCCAGUGUCAAAAGUUGCCAAGUUUUGACUUGCUGAAGGAGUUUCGUGUGCCCAACUCAAGAGGAGUGAGGAGGGUGGAUGGCUCGCAACCUCAGGCAGUGGCUUACCGCAUCAACCCCUCCAUCCAUCUACAAAAGUCCAUGAGUGAAGUGUACCCAGAUGGACUUCCCUCCGACUACUCCAUCAUUGCAACGUUUAGGGUGACCAAAGACACUGGGAAAAAGUCCUGGAACCUGUGGCAGGUCAGUGACCCUGAGGGACAAGAGCAGGUUGGCCUUCGAUUCCAGGGUGAUACACGCUCUUUAGAUUUCUUCUUCACCAGUCCUCAUGGGAACCAAAUGCUGAGGACCUUCCAUGGUGUGGAGAAGGUGUUUGAUGGAGAGUGGCACAAGGUAGCACUGAGCGUGAAGGGCAGCCAGGUGAAGCUGCUGAUAGACUGUGAAGAAGUCAGAGUGGAGUCCAUCGAUGAGCCAAGGCCAGCCAUCCGCCAAGGAUACACGUCCAUCGUAAAGCGGGCUGCGGGAGAUCGCUCUGUGUCUGUGGACUUACAGCAGAUGGAAGUGUCAUGUGACGCAGAGAAGGCUUAUUCAGAAGGCUGCUGUGAGCUCUCGAGCGUGUGUGGAGGAUAUGCAGAGAUUGGCCUCACAGGGGGGAGACCAUCUUGCAAAUGUAUGCAUGGACAGCCUGGCGUCCAGGGCCCUCCAGGACCAAAUGGUCACAGAGGCCUUCCAGGAGAGGCUGGAGAUCCAGGGAGACAAGGGAACUGGGGCAUAAGGGGGAACACAGGAGAUUAUGGCAACAUUGGUGAACCAGGCCCAAAGGGUGAAGAAGGAAUCAAAGGCGAGAAAGGGAUGAGAGGACCCUGGGGCCAAGUGGGAGACAGAGGUCCCAAAGGGCUGAAAGGAUUAAAAGGGGCAGCGGGCUUCAAGGGAGUUCGGGGACCACCUGGAGACAUCGGAGAGACUGGAAAAUCAGGAGAAGCUGGUGCUAAAGGCAUCAGAGGACAUGAAGGGAUUCCUGGGUUUCAAGGAGUUAAGGGUGAUGAAGGGGCUUCUGGUGCAACAGGACGACCAGGGCCCAGAGGAAAGCAGGGUAUUGUUGGAGAUCCUGGAGAGAGGGGAGUUCCUGGACAGAAGGGGAAACCUGGAAUUCAAGGACCUGUGGGCAGACCUGGUACCGUAGGACCAAAGGGCAUUGUUGGAGAUCCAGGCUUACCUGGCAGAGAUGGCAAUUCAGGAAUAGAGGCUUAUCAAGGACCACAGGGCCUCAGUGGAAAACUUGGUCAAAGUGGAGCAAAGGGGGAGAAAGGCACCCUGGGGCCAGCAGGAGAAAUGGGUCCCAGAGGCCAAACUGGCCCAAGAGGUUACAAGGGUUCUGCAGGAAAGCCAGGAAGACCUGGAUUUAUUGGCCCACCUGGACCCACUGGACAUAUGGGUAUGCCUGGAAAACAAGGGCCCAAGGGUGACACAGGAAUCCAAGGUAUUAAAGGAGUUAAAGGUUCACAGGGAGAAAAAGGAGUUAAGGGUCCAAAAGGAAAGGUUGGAGACAGGGGUAAGCAGGGUCCUCAGGGAGGACGAGGGAAACGCGGACCUGCAGGCCCACCUGGACGUCCAGGUCCUGUCGGAGUCAAGGGGGUUCGAGGCGAACUAGGACCAGAUGGUUUUCAGGGGCCGCCAGGUCCUCCAGGGCCGACCCUCCCGGCUCAACACGUGAUUGAGGUCUGUAAGAAAGUGGUCCUGGAGCAGAUGUCCAUGUUUGCCAACUCAGUGAAGAGGACAUGUGCUGCUGUCUGUCCUCUAUACGGGGAUGUUCCCAUGGGUGCCCCUGGUCCCCCUGGACAAAAGGGGCCUCCCGGACCUCCUGGGGAUCCUGGUAAUCAUGGUGCUGAAGGAGAAGUGGGCCCGCCGGGAUUCUACGGAGAAGCUGGAGAACCAGGCCGAAAAGGAGAAGCAGGUGUUAGAGGAGAGCAAGGUGAUAAAGGAGCCAAGGGUUAUGGCCUUCCCGGCUACACUGGAGAACCCGGAUCAAAGGGUCAGCAUGGACGUCCUGGCAGAGCCUUUAACGGCCAGCCUGGAAAGCAGGGUCAAAGGGGACAUACAGGCCAGCCUGGACUCAGGGGCCAUGCGGGUCUCAGAGGACCUCCAGGUGUUUGUGUCACCUCUGGGUGUGGUCAGCUGAACUCCACUGCUGGGACACCGCAGGCAGCAGCGCGAAGGUUGAGGAAUCGCCCAUAGAAGAAAAAAAAUAUACAUGCUGAGCUUAAAGAAAUAAAAGAUGCAGGAUUGUUUGUUUUGUUUUUUUUUUGGUAGUAUGCAUUUGAAUUUUCAUGUAAAUAUGCAAAUCAAACCUGAACUGAACAUCUGAGAAUGUGGUACAAAAGUGGUAUAAAAAUUUGUUUGUAUAAAAAGAAUUUCACACUUCUAAGUUGUCUUUCUAAUAAAAAUGAAAACAUUUUUUGGUAA